UUUCUAUAAUUCGAUUUCUCUAUAUAUCGAUUAUGAUAUAAGUUUUAAAUUUUAUAUUAAUUUAUGUAAUGUUAACAAAAUUACUUUCAUUAAUAAAAAUAAUAAUAAUAAUAACAUAUUUUUAAUUCAAUCCUUAAAUAUGAUACCAACGGAACAGAAAUGAAAAUUAUAUUCUUGUUAUCUUAUUUAUAAAUAUAUUAUUUAUUAGAGCUUUAUUAUUUUGUAUAAAAUUUUAAAAAAUUAUUGAUAGUCUUUAUUAUACUUUUAUUCAUUAACAAUCUUUAAUGACAAAAAUAAAUUCUUUAAUAAUGAAAGCCUUCUCCGCCAAUAAAUCUGAAGUCAGUCAGAUGCAAGAUAUGUAUAUAGUUAUGUAGGUGCAAUAUUAACGGUGUUCAACUUGAUUAGUUAGUAGCACUAGUAGAUACUUUCUCGGAUUACAUGGUAGCAGAGGAUAGUUUCAGUUGGAAUCGUGGUUACCGAUCUUUGUUUCUUUAAGCAUAGAUUGGAAUUCGAGAACAGUGUGGUCGAUACUCAGUGCAAUAAAGAGAAUAGUUGAUAAAUUUGAUCGAUGUUAUAUGCACUUCCAACGAAAACAACAAAACAUGCCACCGAUACGUUUGUGAAUUGACUGCACGAUUCAUGCAGAUUCGUCGUUUAGUUAUUAAAGAUGUGCGUCACAAAAGUUUGAGCCUCAUCGUACGAUGCAGUCCAUUUAUUGGACCGGGAGAUUGCUGUCUCGGGCGAUAUGGAAUGGCAUAUCAAAUUAUACAGCAUGCGCCGAUCCCAAUGUGAAUAAACGUCGCGAAGCAUCUUUCAUUUCGGCUGUGUGUGGUUUUCCAAAAGAUUUUGCACGAGGACGUAUACGUAAGGGACAAUUCGGUGAUGAUGCAUGGUUUAGUGCCAAAUUCAAAACUGUCGAAGUAAUAGGUGUAGCAGAUGGUGUAGGUGGAUGGAGGCAUUAUGGAAUCGAUCCAGGAGAAUUUUCUAGUUUUUUAAUGAGAACUUGUGAAAGACUGGUCUCUAUGGGCAGGUUCACACCUUCUGAACCAGCUGGUUUAUUAGCACGUAGUUACUAUGAAUUAUUAGAAAAUAAACAACCCAUAUUAGGUAGCAGUACUGCAUGUGUCAUAGUUCUCAAUAAAGAGACAAGUAGCAUUUAUGCAGCUAAUAUAGGUGAUAGUGGUUUUGUAGUUGUAAGAAAAGGAGAAGUAGUUCAUCGUUCUUCAGAACAACAACACUACUUUAAUACUCCAUUUCAAUUGUCUCUUCCACCUCCAGGACAUUCUGGUCUGGUGCUUAGUGACAGUCCAGAAUCUGCAGAUACUUCAAGUUUUGGAGUUGAAGAUGGUGAUGUAAUUCUUUUAGCAACAGAUGGGGUAUUUGAUAAUGUGCCUGAUCAAUUACUUAUUACUGAAAUGCGUAAAGUUCAAGGAGAAAGAGAUCCUACUAAGAUACAAGGAGUUGCCAAUUCGAUAGCUUGGAUGGCUCGUAGUUUAGCUUUUGAUGGCGCAUUUAUGUCUCCAUUUGCUCAAAGUGCUAGAGAGAAUGGAAUUGAUACUAUAGGUGGUAAACCAGAUGACAUUACAGUGCUUUUAGCAACGGUGGCAAUAUAAUAAAGUAUGUACAAUAGAGUCUUGAUCAUUGUAUUAUAGUCCAUGUCAUUGCGUAUAUGUAACUAGUUAUACAUCAUUAUAUCCCGUUAUGAUAAUCAUUUAUUAUUUAAAUCUAAAUAAAUGGUUUUGUAAAUCACCUUCCACUUCAGUUAGUCUUUUCUAUAUCCACCAUAAAAGAAAGUUGCUUUAAAAAAAAAUAUUAAUAAUUAAAUUUUUUUUGACUAGCAAAAAUUUGUAUAUAAAUAUACAGAUUUGUUUAAAUAUAUAUAAACAAAUAAUUACAAAAAUUUUGUAAUUUUUUACUGAUAAUAAUAAUACAUAUGGCACAUAAUAAUGAAACGCUGUAAUGUAUCAUAAAUAAAAACUAGUUAUUAUUUUGUAGGAUUAAAAAUAUUCAAAAAAUUAUAAUAAAUUUCAAAUGAAUCAUGUAAAAAUAAAUGUAUUCAAAGUUUAAUUAAAAUUAAAUGCAUUCAACCACUUAUAA